AUGCGCUACAGAAACGGCGGCUCGCUGAUGAAUAUGGCCCAAGCCUACUGCGAACACAACAAAUUCGACAUCAACAACCCCAACGAGCUUGCCGACUGCGGUCGCGAAGUCCUUCACAGCAGCCUGAUCUACUACUUUAUUCGCGCGAUUCUACGAGGGUUGGCUGUCUUGCACGAAGGGUACGUCUCGGACUCGAACUUCGCACAGCAUAAUGAAGGCGAUAUCACCCGGCCGGAAUUGAUGAACGGCAACAUGUACAGCCUCCAACAACUCCAGGCUCUCUAUGACCGUCUCCUCCCGCCCGCCUCCCGCUUCACGCAAGGGAACUUAACACUCCCAGUCAACCUCUGUAAGCAAACCCUUAUCUGGGACCCGAUCAUGCACACCGACCUGCACGCCUGCAACAUCCAGGGUCACUACUCAAUCGCAACUGACAAGUACCUCGACCCGGACACUUUCAGCCCCUGA